AUCCGGAAUCUCCUGCCAAGAAGAAACCUACAUAUUCCUGAUAGUUUUCUCUGAAAAAAGCCAAAAUCACAAAAUUAUUCUCGGUAGCCCAAGCAAGUCAGCAUUCGCGAAUGGCAAUGGAGGUAGCUCAGCACUUCAUCAAGGCAGAGAACCUGACCGACGUCCAAAUCGCCGGUGAAGGUCUCGAAUGCCUCGUUUAUAAAGCAAGCUCGCCAGUCUAUGGCCCAGUCGUUCUCAGAGUUCCCAGAGUCAAGGUCUACCAGAACGCCAAUGACCCAAACACCAAUUCUAGUGAUCUCAUCCAACAAGAGAUGAAGAUCUACAAGCUUCUUCAAGAUGGUUCGGUACCUGUACCUAAGUCAUAUAAGUACCUUGAGGAAGAUGGCUAUCCAGCCAUGUUGUGCGAGUACGUGGACGACGACGGGAUAGGGAUCACGUUUGAGGAGAUGGGACGUGUAGCGGCAAUGAUUCACUCAACGCCAUUAACCGAUACAGCAAUGAAGACAGUAGCAUUCGAAACUGCCGAUGUGUUCUCGACUAUUGAAAAAAGACUCAAAAGACGCUUCUUAGUGCUGUCGCAAACAGUCCCCGAAGCUUCAGGCUGGGUAACAAACUGGGAACUCAUUCACACCAUCCUCGAAGGCCUCAAGCGCUUCCCUUCAAGCUUAUUGCAUAUGGACUUUCGCGACGUAAAUCUUCGUCAAAAACAUGGACGAAUAAGCGCUGUUAUUGACUGGACAAACGCGCUCGUCGGCCCAGCAGCCAUUGACCUCUUUCGCACGCUGGAGUUCAGUCAACUCGACGAGAGCUUUGUGAAAGGCUACACUGAGAUAACCUCCUGGCCUGAUGUCACUGCGCAAGAGGAAUGUCUGCUGAGGCUUGAUGCUGCUCUUGUCUUGGCGCUGGUGUUUACAUCGGAGGCACCUGAUGCUGAGAGGGCUGCGGUCGCGGUCGCAAGGGUCAAGGAACUCUCAAAGAGCCUGGUGGAAGCUACUUCGCGCGAAUAAGAGAAAUUUGGGUUAAAUGGCACGGGGGCUAUCCAUUUAUAAGACAAAACUUACAGGCUUUCAACGAGUUAAUGGGACGGAUUGGCGUGAUGAAAGAGACUGGUUACAUAGAAUGGCAUUACUCAACGUACGCGAGCAAUUGAACUGUUUUGUUACUACA